CUACAAUAGCCGGUAAAAUGGUAUUUUGUAUUAAAAAAAAACAACAAUGAUCUUUUUUGUACACUUUUGAAACUUCGUUACCUUUUUAAGUGAUUAUCCCAAUAAAAAAAUACACCUUAUCAUCUUGGUUCUACUUGAGAGCUACAUACUGACAUUCAGAUCAACUCAUCCCUAAAAGACAGCCAUCAUUUUCAUGAAUAAAUUACCUCAAAAUUCGCAUAACCGUCAUCGCUGAAGGUUGUUGCUCAUGCUGAUCGAUUCGGUUUCUAUUCUCUCUGCUUACUUUAAUUGAGUUCUAUACACAAUCAAGGAAGAGACUUCACAGAUUCGUUUUUUCAAUCGAGGAAAAUACUUAACAGUUAACAGGAGGUCAAUUAAAUUUUUGAAUUUUAAUUGGUGUGAGAAGAAUUUAGAUGAUGAAUAUUACUGUUCCUGAAUUUGAAGCGGACGAGGAUUACUUAAUUCAAGAGUCGCCCAAGAAAUCGAUAAUGGGUGGAGAUGAAGAUGUCAUGGAGCUACUAUGGCAAAAUGGUCAAGUGGUGAUGCAGAGCCGAAAUCAGAGAUCAGUCGGGAAUAAGAAGCCAGAAAUAAGGCCGCCGGUGGGCAGUAGAGACAUCCGAUCCUCCGUCGUUGAAGAAGGGACGGGGCCUUCUGACUUGUUCAUGCAAGAAGACGAGAUGGCCUCUUGGCUUCAUUACCCCGUCGACGACAAUACGUUAGAAGGCUAUCUAUACAGUAACGAUCUCCUCUAUCCUACGCCGCCAUCCUCUACUCCCGUGACCACCACCCCUUGCUCCCUCCCACCGCCUCCACCUCCACCUCCGUCCAUAAUGAUUCCUUCUUCCCGCCCACCGGUUGCCCCAAUCAGGCGCGUGGAAUUGGAAUCAGGACAACCCAAGUAUCCAAAUUUCUUGCAUUUCUCGAGGCCUAAUAAACUCAGAACUCCAGAAUCAGGCCCUUCUAGUUCGAACGAGACCCCGGCGGUAGCAGCACCGGAAUCAAGGGCUUGGCGUGUGUCGGAUAAACUGACGCCGGUUUCUUCAGCGAACAUAGGACAUAGCGCAGCAGGUACAUCAUCGGCGGGGAGGGAAAUAGAGACAUGUGAACGAAGCGUGACAUCAUCUCCGGGUUCGGGUGGCUCAGGAGCAAGCGGCAGUGUAGAGCCAUCUUCUCAAAAGCCACCGCCACCAACAACCGAUGAUCAUCGGAAGCGCAAGGGCAGAGAUACGUACGACACCGAAUGUCACGAUGAGAUACUUGUACACUCAGAUGUCUUUUACCUCUUCUAG